UACUCGUGUGUGUCCGUCGGGGUUUGACUGGAGGCUAGUGAGGCUCCCGCCCCGGUCUCUUAUUUCUGGUUCCUUCUGCUAAAGUCGCCGCUGGCUCAAUCCCCGGGACUCAGCAUCACUACAGGACCAGAAGGGGGCCACACUGGACUGAGAUGGACCAGACGCCCCCAACCUACAUGCUUGCUAAUUUAACCCUCUUACAUUCUGAACAGCUUCUGCAGGGUCUGAACCUUCUUCGUCAACAUCAUGAGCUCUGUGACAUUAUUCUUCGAGUUGGGGAUGUUAAGAUUCAUGCUCAUAAAGUGGUGCUUGCCAGCAUCAGCCCUUAUUUCAAAGCCAUGUUCACUGGAAAUCUUUCUGAAAAAGAGAAUAAUGAAGUUGAGUUUCAGUGCAUUGAUGAAGCCGCACUUCAGGCCAUAGUGGAGUAUGCCUAUACAGGGACUGUGUUUAUUUCCCAGGACACGGUAGAGUCACUCCUGCCAGCAGCAAAUCUACUCCAAAUAAAACUUGUGCUGAAAGAAUGUUGUGCGUUUCUUGAAAGUCAACUCGAUCCUGGAAAUUGCAUUGGAAUUUCUCGUUUUGCAGAGACAUAUGGCUGUCAUGACCUCUAUUUGGCAGCUAAUAAGUAUAUUUGCCAAAAUUUUGAAGAUGUUUGUCAAACUGAAGAAUUUUUUGAGCUCACACAUGCAGAUUUAGAUGAAAUUAUUUCAAAUGACUGUCUUAAUGUUGUUACUGAAGAGACUGUUUUUUAUGCCCUAGAAUCUUGGAUCAAGUAUGAUGUACAAGAACGUCAGAAAUACUUAGCACAGCUGCUUCAUUGUGUUAGAUUGCCGUUGUUGAGCGUUAAGUUUCUUACUAGGUUAUAUGAAGCAAAUCAUCUUAUUCGUGAUGAUCACACAUGUAAACAUCUAUUGAAUGAAGCUCUAAAAUAUCAUUUUAUGCCUGAACAUAGACUUUCCCAUCAAACUGUCUUGAUGACACGACCCCGCUGUGCUCCAAAAGUACUUUGUGCAGUAGGAGGAAAAGCUGGAUUAUUUGCUUGUUUAGAAAGUGUUGAGAUGUACUUCCCUCAGAAUGACUCCUGGAUUGGUUUGGCAUCCCUUAAUACUCCUCGCUAUGAAUUCGGAAUAUGUGUUUUAGAUCAGAAAGUAUAUGUUGUAGGAGGCAUUGCAACUCAUAUGAGGCAAGGCAUCAAUUUCAGAAAACAUGAAAAUUCAGUGGAAUGCUGGGAUCCUGAUACAAAUACCUGGACUUCUCUUGAGAGAAUGAAUGAGAGCCGAAGUACCCUUGGAGUGGUUGUACUAGCAGGAGAACUUUAUGCCUUGGGUGGUUAUGAUGGGCAGUCUUAUUUACAGUCUGUAGAAAAAUAUAUUCCCAAAGUUAAGGAAUGGCAACCCGUAGCACCAAUGUCUAAAACUAGAAGUUGUUUUGCUGCUGCUGUAUUGGAUGGAAUGAUAUAUGCCCUUGGUGGCUACGGCCCUGCUCAUAUGAACAGUGUGGAACGUUAUGAUCCAAGUAAAGACUCUUGGGAAAUGGUUGCAUCAAUGGCAGAUAAAAGGAUUAACUUUGGUGUUGGUGUUAUGCUAGGCUUCCUUUUUGUAGUGGGUGGACAUAAUGGUGUUUCCCAUUUAUCAAGUAUUGAAAGAUAUGACCCCCAUCAAAACCAAUGGACUUUGUGUAGACCAAUGAAGGAACCCAGGACAGGAGUUGGUGCUGCAGUAAUUGAUAACUAUCUUUAUGUGGUUGGUGGUCACUCAGGGUCAUCCUAUUUGAACACUGUACAGAAAUACGACCCUAUUGAAAACACAUGGCUGGAUUCUGCCGGCAUGAUGUACUGUCGUUGUAAUUUUGGAUUAACUGCACUUUGAGAAGUGUGAAUCCAUGGACACAAUGUGAUGGUGAAUCUUGCACUGCAUGAAAAGAUGCCCAGUUUUCCAAGACCCAGAAGCUGCAUACUUUUCUUUUUUUACUCAGAGUGGCAUGAAGACUUAUUUAAAGUUGUAUUGGGUAUUUUAAAUUGAUAAGUAGCUUUGAUUACUCUUUACAUAUGAGCAGAUUUAAAAAAAAAAAAAAAGAAAAGAAAAAGAAAGAAGGCCCUCUUGCCAAUUCAGUGGAGCACUUUUGCCUGAGACUGGCUUGGUACAUAGUAGCUUGCCAUAGGUUUAUAGGCAUACAUGUGAGGAGAGCCUAUAUUUUUAAUUUUUUUUCUUCUCUCUUCCUCCAUGCAGUUUCCUGGAAUAGUAUAGGAGGUGCUUGAGUAUUAUAUGGAUGCAUUAUUUGUUGAUAAUUCUUAAGAUAUGUCUUCAUGGUAGAUUGGAACCCAGUGCUUCAUUUUUUUUCUUAAACAAAAUUAACUCAAAGCCUGCCAUUUUUCAGUAACUUAAGGUUUGUAAAUAACAAUUACUGUAGUAGGUUGGCUAUACUUCCUGCUAAUUGGGUGUAGGGCUGGGAUUAAUUGGCAAAUAUUCAUUGAUAUAUUUAUAAGGCAAAUACCUUUAGCCAUCAUGUUAUUUUGGGGCCAUUUUAAAAAAAAUAACAAUUUUUACGUCAUUUUUAUGUGAACAGGUUAAUGCUAGAUUGGUUUUUAUCCAAUUAGCCUGUGUUUUUUUUUUUUUUUUUUAAACUUCAAGAGGAGCAUGGAUAGAUCGGGACUUAGUCUUAUGAUUUGUUUGAUGUUUCUUUAACAGCUCAGCAGAUUUCACAGACCACUUCAGUGUAAGUAUUUGAAAGAGGUAUAAGUACUCCAGCCCAAGUAGAUUUUUUUCAUAUAUUUGUAAUAAUUUUAUUUUUUAAGACUGUCUAUUUGGUUUUUCAAAGUGUUGAGAUUUUAAAAUGGUGCUAACCGUAGGUUCUAUGACAAGGCUAUUACCAAUGUUCUUAAGGUAGUUCAGUAUGUGUAAUGCAUGACAUUUCAAAUUGUAUUUUUUGUUUUUAUUUUUUUGCUUGACUCAUUUGUGCCUAUGAGAGGUGUUAGUAACAAUACUAAUGUAUGCAAUAUUUUGUUACUUAAAAAAAAAGAUCUAAACAGGUAGUCUUAUGGCUGUUUUUUUUUUUUUUUUAUGGUUUCUGAAUAGUGAUUCAACCAUUUUUUUUCUUAUAAUCCUUGCCCUUUAAAAUGGAAAUAAAUUAUAACACGUAAAAAGCAGCAGGCAAUUAUAUAUUACUGUACACAUGUCCUAUAAAAGUGAGUAUUUAAUAUUAUUGGAAAAAAACUGGAACUCUAAUAUGUUUACUUUAGUAAAUUUGAUUUUACUUUGGUUAGCUUAAAAUCAGCAUUGUUUGCUAUAGCCAGAUGAAAACUUAAUUGAAACAAGCAACUGGAUUCAUUCUAGUAUUUUUUAUUAAUUGUUUGUUAGUCUUAAGUAAGAAAUCACAUUUAAGUUGCAUUUAUUAUGAUGUUGGUACUUAUAUUACCAAAUUUGGUACUAUAGUCACUUGCUCCUUUUCUCCUUGUCAGAUUAAUUUCUUCAUCUUCUCAUUCCUUUUUGUUAUUCUUGAAGCCAAUGUAUAUUUUUUACCUCAAAAACUCAUCACAUAUUACAUUCUUAAGUGCCAUAAUGUUCUAAACAAUUGUUAAGCCAUUUGUAAUUAUAUUACAUAUAGAUGAAUUUUUAGCAUGUAUAUAAUACAUUACAUUCUUUGAAAAACUAACCGCAACUAAGCAAUCUGCAGUUUUUCUUGUUCUUCCAUAAACUUCCAGAUGUGGGUGUGAAUAUAUAUCAUAAAACAUAGCAUCAUGUUUUACUGUUAUUUGCACAAACUUUAAAAUCUUGCAAGUGAUUUUCCCUUGGCUAAUUUAGAAUAUAACAGGAGCUACAAAUAAUAAAAUUGACAGGCUAGAUAUUUUCUGCAUUGCUUAUUUGAAUGAUCUAAUAUAUAGCAAUAAUAGUUCUUGAUCAUUAAUUUUAUUAAUUCUGAUGAUUGAAAAAGAGCAUACCAAUUGUGAUGGGCACAUUUAAUAAAAAGCAAUUUUAAUUAGUUUCCUUUUGGUUUCAAGUUCAAUUUACUUUUUUUUCCCUAGCCAAGUAGUUAAAUAUACCGUGUUAGGAAGAACUUGAUUUUUUAAAUGAUUAAUUCAUUUUUCUUAGUUUCAUUAGAUGGAUGGAGGGUUUAAAGGAGGUUGUAAAAUAUAGACCAACCUUUGUAAUCAACCUUAUUAUUUAAUAGUUUUAUUUAUGUAUUACCCCAUCUCCCAAAAGAAUUAACUGAUUUAGCAUAUCAAAUGAAAGAUGUUUAUUGAUUCCAUUUUUUUAAAAUACAACUAGAAAUUAUCCUAUGAAAAUACAUGUGUCUUUUGCAUUAACUCAGAAUGGGAAAAUAACCCUCCAAACAUCUGUUUAAAUUGCCAAAGGACUGUAGCAUUUUGUGUAUCCUGGGCAUCUAUGUAUGGUGCAGACAAGUUCUGAAUUAUCCAUGUAAUUAAUGAGUAUCCAAAUUGUUGAUGUGCUUUGGACAAGCUGAAAACAUAUAAGAAAUAGUAUCAUUCAAAGGCUGAAUUUAAUAUCUUUAGUCCUUUAAACCUUAUUUUUCUUAUGUUAGAGAUAGUGAGUACCCAAUUUACCUAAAUUUGUUUGGACAGUAACAAUAAAGAUUGGAAUUUUUUAAAUUAAAUGCUGAGCUAAAAAUGAGAUUAAAAAAAAGUAGGAAAGGAUUUAUCCAUUUUGAAAACUGAAAUCAGUGGUGUACAAGCUCAUAAAGUCAGAUGUAAAUUGUUUCUUUUAAUACUAAACAAAUUGUGUUUUAUACACCAGACCUUUAAGUCUUUUUUCAAUGUCUUUUGGAUAUGGUGAUAGAAUUUAAGUAAUUUUUAGUAUAUCACAGUGGAUCGCUGCAUAGUAAAACUUCAAUUUGUUCUUGCUUAUAAUUUUUUGUAAACCUAAAUAAUCUCUUAUAUAAUAUGAAAUGGCAUUAAACUGAUACUUGGAAAUGAUAUGAGAUGUUAAAACAAAGUUAUUUUAGCUAAGUAAAUGUGAUGGUAGUACCUUUCUUUACUCUAACAUCUUAAAAUGGUCGUGCAAUCUAAUGGCCAAAUUAGAUAGAAUACCACCAUAAACAAAUCUUUAAUGCUUAGCCUAAAUGGUAUAAAUGUGAAAAACUUAUAGUUAACAAAAAUAUGGAUUUUUAGGAUACAAAAUUGCCUGGAAUGGAUAGUUUAAUCCUAAAAGAAAAAAUAAAAGUACCUUUAAUGAAAAUAAUUAAAACAACAAAAUUGUGAUGGCCUAUGAAUUUUGGCUAAUAUGGUUAGGGAAGAAAUAGCAUGUACCUACAGUACCAUUUUUAUUUUCUGUUUUGGUUUUGAAAUGCUAUUGUUGUCUAGUUCACCCAAGUGCUCAUUUUUAGGAAAACCAGAUGCGUUCAAUAAAUUUUCUGUGACUUCUAUUAAUCUGUGUUCUGUCUGAAAAUUAAGAUAUUCAAAUAAGUUGUCAAUGUUGAAUUAGUAUCCAGUUCUAAUUCUUAACCACUCCAUUUUUUGUUGUUGUUAAUGUUAUUGUCGUUGUAAAAGCACUUUAAUUAAAUAAAUAUGGUUAUUCUGUGGCUGAAGAUACAUUAAAUUUUCACUAAAAGCAUAUUGAUUCCUCAUUAAGAUAUAGCAUUCUUAUAAUGAGUGAGAGAUUCAAUAGGUUUACAAAUUUUCUGACUGGUAUGAUUUUAGAAAAAAAUUAAAAUCCAGUUUACAUCUCUGCAGGAGAAAAAUCAUGUUAAACAUGUCUUUUUUAUUGCAGGUAAUUUAUUGUAACUUUUGUCAGGUUACUAUUUGUAAAUUCCAUUCAUUGUUUAAAACACUAAGCAAAAAGUUCCAAGUUUGCCUUAAAUUUCUAGUGAAGUUAAAUUAAAGAACUGGAUGAUUAUGCCUAUAUUUUUGCCUUACAAGUUGUGCUGUAUUUUAACCCAAAAUGACUUUAAUUUUUACAGGAUUCUGAAAACUUUGUAGAUGUAGAGUACUAAUACUUUUAAGUUAUAAGAAGAUUGAUGUGGCUGUGGAUCAGAUUGUUUAAAUGUAUUUGUUAUGUAUUUCACCUCUAUGUAUGUAUCUUUACAGCAACAGGGUUUUAUUUUGUUUUGGUUUACAAAAUAAAGUGGCAAUUUACUUUCUGUUAUAAAAGAAUUGAUGAACUUUUUUUUGGUUUUGGUUCACCAUUCUUAAAGUACUUUGUGUGUGCUGUUGUCUUAAUAAUGUAUGAUUACUGUUGCAUUUCAUUUAAUGUAUUUAAAAUAAAUCCAAAAAGCACGUUUAUAUCUUUGAUUGACAAA